ACGGUAUGCGGAUACUGAAUUUUCUGGUGAUCCUUAUCCUCGCGCGCUUGGGAGCUGCUGGAAACACUACUGAUGAUGCGGCGGACAGCGGCAGAUCAACAGCAAGUUGGUGGGAGUCACUGCCUCGGUUGUUGACUGACGUUAUAACGAUGAAGGUAAACGUCCUUACGGCUGCUCCGCUCGAACUCGCCGCCAAUAUACUCGAUGCUUUAUGCUCCUCGACCUUGUUUAUUGGCAGAGUUCCGGAACAAAUCUCGCCGGAUAUCAGGAAAAUGCACUUUCAGUAUAUGACCCCAUGCCAGAACUACAGUGUUCCCCUGCUGGAGGCCUCCAAGCUUUGGCGGCACUCGAGGUUUACAAAGGGGCGAAAGGUGGUGAUCCUGGCCACUGGAUGGACCAACACAGUCAAUGAGUCCUCCGCCAUUGCCAUGAUCUCUAAAGCUUUCAUGUGUAGGGGUGAUGUAAACUUUGUGAUUGUGGAUGCAGCGGAUUAUGUGGAUACCCUCUACUCCUGGUCGGCCCUCAACACGGACGUGAUAGGCGAGCAUAUUGGGGUGGGUCUAACCCACUUGAUAGAACUAACCCCCUUGCGGAACAUCCACUUGAUUGGACAUUCCCUGGGAGCUCAUAUAAUGGGCACAGCUGGCCGCACCUUCAAACGGCUGACAGGAAAGCUAAUCCCUAGGAUAACCGGCCUGGAUCCUGCCAAGCCCUGCUUCAGGCGGAAGAAUGUUCUUCCUGGGCUGACGCGUGGUGAUGCCAAAUUGGUUGACAUAAUUCACACCAACAUUGGCAUUUUGGCCAAACGUGGACCGCUCGGUGAUGUGGAUUUCUAUCCGGGUGGAGCUCAUCCUAUCCAACCGGGUUGCCUGACCAUCGGCUGCUCGCACACCCGAGCGGUGGAAUACUUUGCAGAAAGUGCGUAUCCCAGUCAAGAGAAGAACUUCAUGGGUACCAAAUGUGCUUCCUGGGAGAAGUUGCGAGAGCGGAAUUGCUUGGCCGGAAUCGUUUCCCCGAUGGGCUAUAGAAUAAAUCAGCAGGCUAGGGGAAUGUACUACGUAGAUGUUAAUGGCUGGCCACCUUUUGGUCGAAAUUCUCAUAAGAAAAUCGAUCCCAAAUCCAGGACUUGCUACCUUUGUCAGUCGUAA